UUUCGUUACACUGGUUUCGUGAAUUUUAUAUUAUGGAGAAGUUGGUUUACGCCGUUUACAAUUUGACUGCUUUGGUAAUGUUUCAGAGAAGAUUAGUGUUGUUUUAAGUAAUUAGUUAGAUAUGUAGUAGCAGGAUUUCAAUCAAACCGGAUUUACUCAUGAAAUAGUUCAGUAUCUCUGAACAUUUCCCUCAAUGCUAAUUGAAUUUCGGAUGAAAUGGCUAGUUCAGGUCAGCUGAGAGAAAGUAAAUCUCAAGAUCGGUUUGAUUACCUACAAGCCCUUGUUACUGAGUUUCAGGAUACUGAUAGUCAAGAGGCAAAAGAACAAGUUCUGGCGAACCUAGCUAAUUUUGCAUAUGAUCCCAGUAACUAUCAGUAUCUUCGACAGCUGCAGGUCAUUGACCUAUUCCUGGAUAUGCUUACAGAAGAUAAUGAACGAUUUGUAGAAUUUGGAAUGGGUGGUCUCUGUAACCUCUGUUUAGACAAAGAGAACAAGGAAUACAUUUUACAGAACAAUGGGGUUCAGGCAGUGCUGAACUGUUUAUCCAACCGUAAUGAGGAUACAGUGCUGUCUGCAAUUACCACAUUAAUGUACUUGAUGACUCCUUUGUCCCGGAAGGAAAUCACAGCAAUGCCAGUUGUUGAGUGCAUGCUACGGUUCUCCAUGUCUAAAAACAAACGUCUAAGUAAUUUAGCAACCCUUUUUCUGGAAGAUCUUUGCUCAUCUGAAGAGGUAGAAAAAGCUCGGAACUUGCAGAAUCACACGGCCCUGGGAAUACCACUUCCAAAAGAAUAG